UUCAAGAUGUCAGCGCCCAUUGAGAACCCACGCGUCUUUUUUGACAUCGAAAUAGCGGGAGAAAAACGUGGCCGCGUUGUUUUUGAGCUGUUUCAAGACAAAUGUCCUAAAACAGCUGAGAACUUCCUUGCACUGUGCACUGGAGAGAAGGGAAUAGGUCUUACAACUGGCCAGCCACUGCAUUACAAAGGAUGUCCCUUUCAUCGAAUCAUCAAGAAGUUCAUGAUCCAGGGAGGAGACUUCUCCAACAAGAAUGGUACAGGAGGCGAGAGCAUUUAUGGGGCAAAGUUCGACGAUGAAAAUUUGACCCUGAAGCAUGAUGUCCCAUUUCUGCUGAGCAUGGCCAAUUCAGGGGAAAACACCAAUGGAUCCCAGUUCUUCAUUACCACCGUGCCCACCCCUCAUCUCGAUGGGAAACAUUGUGUGUUUGGUAAAGUUUUGAAGGGACGAGGCAUUGUCCGUGAAUUGGAGCAUCAAGAGACUGGGGAAAACGACAAACCGGUCAAGGAGUGUUCAAUUGGUGACUGUGGCGUUGUUCCGCCAGGGGAAGAUAUCAGUUGCGCUGAUGUUGUUGAUGACGGUACAGGAGAUGUGUAUCAGGAUUAUCCCGAAGACAAUGAUCUAGACUUUAAGCAGACUGAUAAAAUAGUUGAGGCUGUGGAGGUGAUCAGGAAAUCUGGAAAUACACAUUUCAAGAAUCAGGACUUUGUGAAAGCCCAGAACAAGUAUGACAAAGCCCUGAGGUUUCUUCAAACCAUGGAGGAAGAAGCAGACAUGAACGAAGAGACUUUACAAGACCUUAAAAAGUCAUCCUAUUUACCAAUCUUCCUCAAUAUUGCUGCGUGUGCAUUGAAGUUGAAGAAUUACCAAGAUGUGCUGUUUUACUGUGAGGAUGCCCUCAAAAUUGCACCGGACAGCACCAAAGCACUUUUGAGACGAGCCCAGGCUUACAAAGCAUCUCAAGACUGGGAUUUGGCUCAGAAAGACCUCGAGGAAGCCCUGAAAAUCGAACCAGAAGCCAAAGAUAUCAAACAAAUGCUUGCAAAAAUCAAAGCUGAACAGCAAGCAUACAAGAAGAAAGAACAACAGAAAUAUGCUAAGAUGUUUUCCUCGUCAUGACGGUCUUAGGCUGGGUCCAAUAAAGCUUGUCAGACAAGCAUAACAUGAACAUUCAGUGUCUUUACAUGUAAUCAUUUGCUAUUAAAGGACUUAAAAGAAGAUGCUUAAAAUGAUUUUGGGAACGGUUUCCCCAACAAGUACUCCAUGUCUUACAGAAAGGUUGUUUUUGGCCAGAAUUUGACUUUCAAUUGGUCUUUAAACAACCUUGAAUGCUUUGGAUGACCAGGAGUGAUUUCAAGGGGUUGAACUGAGACUGAAGCUGCAACUAUGACUCGCAGACAAUCGGCUGUCUGUUUGGAGAAUAAUGUGAGUGAUGUAUGAAGGAUAAGUUUAAAUAGUGUGAGCUUUAUCUGCACUUAGAUUUAACUUGCAUUUAAAAAUAACAUUUUCUUUGAUGUUACGUAAUGAUAAUAAUAGUAAUGGUCAUUUGCACUUUUUGUCUACUUUUUGCAACUCUUCCUAUCAUUUGUCAACUUUAUGGUCAAUAAAGUACACUUUUCUGAA